AUGCAGGAAUAUGGACGAUUGAUACACAAUUUUGUGCAAACAUCCCUGUUGGCAUAUGGUACCUGUAAAAAUCCCCAUCAAGAAAGCGGCAUUUGCAUAAAAAUCAUAGAAUGCGAAUAUUUACUCAAUAUUUUAAAUACCAAUUUGACUGACGACAAUCGAAAAUUCCUAACAGCAAGCCAGUGUGGUCAUGAUGGUUCACAGGAUUCAGUUGCCAAAAAAAUAUUGGUAUGUUGUCCGGAACGAUAUCGUAACAAUCGGACAUCGAAUAGUAUAAAAGAUACAACGCCAGGGAAUAAAUUACCCCAACCGGGAGAGUGUGGCAAAAACUUGUCGAAACGAAUACUUGGCGGCAAUGUAACCGAAAUCGAUGAAUUUCCAUGGAUGGCUUUAAUACAAUACAGAACAGCACCCGAUCGUUUUGGAUUCUAUUGCGGCGGCAGCCUUAUAAAUUCUCGCUAUGUCCUAACCGCUGGACACUGUCUCAAACAUCCGGAUAUGCCGGCCAGCUGGGAACUGUACGCGGUUCGUUUGGGUGAAUGGGAUAUAACACUUGAUCCCGAUUGCACGGUUGAUAAUGGCAUUAAAGAUUGCAUUGAACCCUAUAUCGAUGUACGUAUCGAUUAUGCCAUUGCCCAUCCAUCGUAUUUACCAACAUCGAAGGACCAAUUUAAUGAUAUUGCCAUUAUACGUCUCAUGGAUAGUGUAGCCUCCUACACACACUUAAUUCCCAUAUGUUUACCGGUGGCCGCUAAUAUUCGUAGCAAUUUCUUUACGGGGCAUGCUAUGGAUGUUGCCGGUUGGGGUGUCACCGAAAAGGGCACUACCAGUCCAGUUAAAUUGAAAAUUAUGGUUAAUGUUUGGAAUGCCACGCGAUGCCAGAAAACAUAUCAAACAUUCCAAUUGGCCAUUAAUUCGGAUUAUCAAAUGUGUGCCGGUGGUGAGGAUGGCAUUGAUACAUGUCGUGGUGACUCGGGAGGUCCUCUAAUGGUAAUCGAAAGUGUCGAUAAGCGUAAUGUUUACUUUGCCGCUGGAGUUGUAUCGUAUGGACCACGGCCAUGUGGUUUGGAGGGUUGGCCAGGUGUCUAUACGAGAGUUGGCAGUUAUGUGGAUUGGAUAAUUGCGAAUAUGUUACCGUAA